CAGAAAGAGGAAGAAGAGAAAUACAAGCCUAAGCGCCAUGAUGAUCCUGCAACCGACGCGGUGGAUCGUAGCCGUCGUUAUGACAUUUCUACUACUUGGGGCCUUCUUGUUCUCCGAUCUCAUCUGUCAUAGCUCUGAAAAUUACAUCAGAGCCCUGAAUCCACCGGCGCUGCGCCAAACCAACCGCCCUCUCAGCUCCAUCCCCAUUAUCCCCCAACCCUCCUCCGACGAGCUCCGCUCCGCUCUCCUCCACUACGCCACCUCCACAAUCGUUCCACAACAAACCCUCUCCGAGAUCCGCAUCUCCUCCGACGUCCUCCGCCGCCGCUCCCCCUGCAACUUUCUCGUCUUCGGUCUCGGUCACGAUUCCCCCAUGUGGUCCGCAUUCAACUCAGGUGGAACCACCCUCUUCCUCGAAGAAGACCCCUCCUGGUUCCAAACCGUGCUCCGCAAGUCCCCUUUCCUCCGCGCCCACUACGUCAAAUACUCAACAAAGCUAUCGGAAGCCGAUGAAUUAAUGAAAUCGUAUCUUCAUGAGCCGGAAUGCCUGCCGCCGCACGCUAGGUUGAGGGAUAAUUGGAGGUGCCAGCUCGCGCUUGCAGAUCUGCCAGAUGAAGUUUACAGGAGAGAGUGGGAUUUGAUCAUGAUUGAUGCUCCGAAAGGGUAUUUUGCGGAGGCGCCGGGGAGGAUGGGGGCGAUUUACUCGGCGGCGGUGAUGGCGAGGGGGAGGAAGGGGGAGGGGUUUACCGAUGUGUUUUUGCACGAUGUGGAUCGGAAGGUGGAGAAGAAGUUUGCGAUGGAGUUUUUGUGUAAGAAGAACUUGGUCGGGGUAAGCGGCCGGCUAUGGCAUUUCCGUAUCCCGCCGGCGAGGGGUAAUGAGACCGCCGGGAUGUUUUGCUGAUUGAUGAUGAAGAUGGGGAGUACUUCUGUUUGCUUGGUUUU